GGCUCCGCCCAAUCUCCCGGAAGACUUCGUCAACCAUCAUGGCGCUCGCGAGAAGUGUCUACAAUCUGCUCUUCAGAAGAACAUCAACUUUCGCUAUAACCAUCAUGGUGGGAGCUGUGGUCUUCGAGAGGGUGUUUGAUCAGGCUGGAGAAGCGAUGUUUGACAACAUUAAUCGAGGGAAACUCUGGAAACACAUAAAACACAAUUAUGAACAGAAGGAUGAAGAAUAAUGAUGAUCUUGUGGAGCGUCCUGUUUCCUGAUGUGACCUAGUUGGACAAUCCACUGCUUUUACAGUGUGCUACAGCCGCUGUGUUUCAUCUUCCAGCCGGAUUGUCCUGGGGACAUAGACAGAGACUCUUUAAAUGUGAUGUGUCCGCUUGUCAUUGUGCUUUAUACCACAUUCUUCACCAUUUAUAAAUGUGUUGCUAACAUAAUUCUGUCUGAAUAAACCCAACGACCCAGAA